AUGGCUACCUCAAACUCCCAGAUUGGCGCGUCGCAUGCGCCCAUACAAGUGUCUUUUCCUUUGCCCAAGGCACCUGCCACAAAUAUCCACCUGCAACUCACAAACAAUGGUCCCAAUCUCGUCGUCUUCCUCACCACUUCGACAGCUGAAUCGGCGUCUUCUGCUCCCAUGGGCUCCCUUGUAUACGCCAUGCCCAAUAAAGUCACACCUGCCGAGACACUGAGCACGCCCCUCUUCACCCACGGUUCGACGCUAGACUUCACAACACGGUUAUCCAAGGUUCUUGCGCGUAAGAUAGGGAAGCCUGUAUACGUAGGGAAUUCAUCAAGUUUUGCGAGUGCAGGCAUGGGCGGGACAGUCGAAGAAGAGAUGGAGGGGUUUAAGAGGGUGGUGGAAGUUGUCAUGAGGCUGCUGAAGGAGAAGAAAUAG